AUGUCUACUGCAGGAAAUCCAAUCACUUGUAAAGCAGCUGUAUGCUGGGGUUCAGGUGAAGACUUGAAGAUUGAAACAGUCCAAGUGGCCCCUCCAAAAGCACACGAGGUUCGUGUUAAGGUGGAGUACACGGGUGUUUGCCACACGGAUGAGUUCACUCGUUCUGGACAGGAUCCAGAGGGUGAUUUUCCGGUUAUCUUUGGCCACGAAGGUGCUGGUAUUGUCGAAUCAGUAGGCAAAGACGUUGUAAAUGUCAAGGUGGGAGACCAUGUGGUGUUAUUGUAUACACCGGAAUGUGGCGAGUGUAAAUUUUGCAAAUCGGGCAAAACAAACCUAUGUGGUAAGAUUAGAGACACCCAAGGUAAAGGUUUGAUGCCAGAUGAAACCUCAAGAUUCACUUGCAAGGGUAAGCCUAUUCUACAUUAUAUGGGUUGUUCGUCCUUUUCUCAGUACACAGUGGUGACUGACAUUUCUGUUGUUACUGUUAAUCCUAAAGCUCCAAUGGACAAAACGUGUUUGUUGGGCUGUGGUGUGACCACAGGUCUUGGAGCUGCUGUUAACGUUGCCAAAAUUGAGCCCGGUGACAACGUUGGUGUGUUCGGUGCUGGCUGUAUUGGAUUGUCUGUAAUUCAAGGUGCUGCACAGAAAAAAGCGGGCAAGAUUAUUGUUGUUGACAUCAAUGACGAUAAAAAGGAGUGGGCCAUGAAGUUUGGAGCCACCGAUUUCGUCAAUCCAGCUAAGGAUUUAAAGCCUGGUGAAAGCAUCGUUGAAGUAUUGACCAAAAUGACUGAUGGUGGUUUUGAUUGGGACUUUGACUGCACUGGUAGCGUUCAGGUGAUGCGAAAUGCUUUGGAAUCGUGCCACAAAGGUUGGGGACAAUCUAUCGUCAUUGGCGUUGCCGCUGCAGGCAAAGAAAUUUCUACAAGACCUUUCCAAUUGGUUACUGGAAGAAUCUGGAGAGGUUGUGCCUUUGGAGGUGUUAAGGGAAGAUCUCAGAUGCCAGGUAUAGUUCAGGAUUACAUGGACGGUAAGUUUAAAGUGGAUGAAUUCAUUACCCAGAGAUAUCCUUUGGACCAGAUCAACAAAGCUUUCGUUGAUAUGCACAACGGUAAUUCUAUUAGAGCUGUUAUUAACAUGUCAGCUUGA